AUGCGGGAAUAUUCAUAUUUGAGAUGGAAUGAAUUUAAUGAAUAUUAAUAAAAUAAUACAAUGAGUGGAAGACCUAGAAGACCAAGAAGAGGAUAAUAGGAGGAAGAGAAAAAAAGAAGUUCAGAUAAGGAGGCUUAGGAAGAUUAAGUGGGUGUAUAGUCUUCAGAGGGAACUCCAGAUGAAGAAGAUUCAGGGGAGGAAUUAAUUAAUGAGAAUAUGAUAAAUGACUAUAAACCUAUGCCUGAAUAAGAUAGAUAUGAAUCAGAGGGAAUAGAUGAUGAAGAAAUGCAUGGAGAUAUGGAUUGA